AUGGCGGAACAUACCAUAUUAGCGUUGGUUCAACGUACGUCGUUUACCGAUGAGAGAAUAUGUCUACAAAAUGGGAAUUCUGUAAGAAAAGACAGUUGUUUAGCAUCUUUGAACCCGAUUAUACACCAUGACCUGAUCAGAGUACAAGGACGCUUACAAUGCGAAUAUCCAAGCAAAUAUCCAGUCGUACUACCUAGCAAACACCAUGUAACAAAACUAAUAAUAAAACAUAUCCACGAACAUAAUGGUCACGUUGGAAAAGAGCAUGUACUUUCUAUGUCACGUGAGACAUAUUGGAUUCUACACGGACCUAGCGCAGUGAAGAGUAUUUUGAGAGGUUGCAUCCCAUGCAGACGACAACAUACACCGUUAAUGACCCAACAGAUGGCGCCCUUGCUUGACGAGCAGACGACACCGGAUAUGCCACCAUUUUCCCAUAUUGGAAUCGAUUAUUUCGGACCAUUUAUUGUGAAGACAGCUCAGGCACGAGAAAAGCGUUAUGGUUGUAUUUUCACGUGCCUAACGUCGCGUGCGGUACAUUUUGAAAUUGCUCACAGUCUAUCUACUGAUUCCUUCAUAUCUGCCUUUCAACGCUUUCAAAGUCGACGUGGACGCCCACGGAAAGUCUUCAGUGAUAAUGGAACCAAUCUUGUUGGAGGUGAAACGGAACUACGAAAAUCAUUGCAGCUAUGGAACCAGUCCAAACUCAGUGGAUUUUUUGCUCAGAACGACAUUGAAUGGCAUUUCAACCCUCCGAACGCAAGCCAUAUGGGAGGAGCAUGGGAACGUUUAAUUCGUUCUGCUAGAGUUAUAUUGAAAUCUCUCGUUCGAGAACAACUACUUAACGACGAGCAGCUGCUUACAUUAAUGGCUGAAACAGAGAAAAUACUAAAUGACAGACCUUUGACACCCGUUAGCAGUGAUCCCAGAGACCCACCAGCAUUAACGCCGAGUAUGCUACUGCUAAUGAAAUCAAACCAGUGCUUACCUGUUGGUAUCUUUAAGAAGCAAGAUAUAUACGCAAACGGUGGUGGAGACAAGUGCAGUAUCUCGCAGAUGUAUUUUGGAAACGAUGGUUGA